AUGAACAUGGCAGCGCCCACGUGUUGUGGCUUGAAUGGAAAAACCGUGGGGAUUUUAAAAGUCGAGGGCCGCCUGUGUAACUUCAUAUACGCUGCUGUGGACAGACUUAACACAGGUUUCCUUUUCCUAUUCUUUUUGUGUGUGUGUCCAGUUAACACUACACUGUUUAUACAGAUGGGUGCAAAGGCUCUGCUGUGCUGCCCUGCUCUUCCAGAGACAAAAGCAGUAUUAAUAAUUUGGGUCAUAGCCUCCAGAGGCCAGCCUUCCUGCAGAGUAUCCUACAGAGUAGAUACAAAGGAGAUCAAUGAAACCAACUGUACAGACAGGAGAAUCACCUGGACCUUCACACCUGACCAGAGUUCUGAGCUUCAGAUCAAUGCAGUGACCCUCGAUCAUGAUGGGCUUUAUUCAUGUGAUGUAGUAACACCUCAGGGGAAUUUCCUAAGGAAACAUGACCUCCAAGUGCUAGUGCCUCCAGCAGUAACCCUGCUUCCAGGGGAAAACAGAACAGCAGUUUGUGAGGCAAUUGCAGGGAAGCCGGCUGCGCAGAUCUUUUGGAUUCCAGAUGGGGAUCACAUCACUAAGAAGGAAUCACACAACAAUGGCACCGUGACUGUCAGGAGCACAUACCACUGGGAGCAGAACAAUGUGUCUGCUGUGUUCUGCUUUGUCUCCCAUCCGACUGGCAACCUGACUCUGUCCAUAGAGCUCAAUCAAGUGCCUCCAGCAGUAUCCCUGCUUCCAGGGAAAACAGAACAUCAGUUUGUGAAGCAAUUGCAGGCAAGCCGGCUGCACAGAUCUUUUGGGCUCCAGAUGGGUAUCACGUCACUAAGGAGGAAUCACACAGUCACACCUUUCUCAGGAAAGGACAGCAGUGCAAGUAUAUAUGAAGAGUCAGGAGUGUAUGCUUACAAAUCUGAAAUGUUCUCUGCGUUCUUCUUUGGGGAUUUGAAGGUUUCUCAUUGA